AUGAAGCCCGCGAAGCGCGUAGCAGUCAUUGGCCUAGGACCAGCCGGUGCCAUCGCCAUCGAUGCGCUCGCCCAAGAGAAGGCGUUUGAUACCAUCAGGGUGUUUGAGCGUCGUGAGGCCCCGGGAGGUUGCUGGCUGGGUGAGACCAAACCGCCUCCCCUCCUCCAACCCCACGAGCUCGCCCGCCUCGCCUCCCGAACAGCGGAUCCUCCUCAUCCCAGCGUCCCUCCCGUCCUCCCCGCCCAGGUCCCCAGGUCCCCCUCCUCCACUUCGUCCGUCCCACGAUACGCCGAGUCCACAGUCUACCCCUACCUGGAAACAAACGUCGACUACGUCCCCAUGCAAUACACCCAGGAGCCUUUCCCCACGGCCCCAUCAGCCCUCUCUCGCGCCCUCCACGGCGAAGACACGCCUUUCCGCCACUGGUCCCUUGUCCAAGACUACGUCCGCUCCCUUGUCGAACGGCGCGGGUACCAGGACCUGGUGAGCUACAACACCACCGUCGAACGCUCCGAAAAGGUCUCCUCCACAACCACGGGCGACGAGGAGUGGAAGCUCACGCUCCGCAAGGAAGACCCCGCCGCCGCCACGGACGUCUGGUGGGAAGAGCGCUUCGACGCCCUCGUCGUCGCGUCGGGCCACUACUCCGUCCCGUACAUCCCCGCCGUCCCGGGCCUCGCCGAGUUCGCGGCCGUGAGGCCCGGCAGCGUGAUCCACAGCAAACACUUCCGCGGCCGCGACGCCUACGCCGGCAAGAAGGUCGUCGUCGUCGGGGCUUCCGUCUCGGCGGCGGACAUCGCCUACGACCUGACCGCAGUGGCCUCGCCGCCCGUCACCGCCGUCGUCGUCGGGCACGCCCUGAACGGCUAUUUCGGCGGCGAGGCCUUUGAGCACCCGCUCAUCGCCAAGGUGCCCUCCAUCGCGCGCGUCGAGCCGGACACGCGAACGGUGCACUUCGUAGACGGCACGUCAGUGUCCGGCGUGGACGACAUCAUCUUCGGGACGGGAUACACCUGGACCCUCCCCUUCUUCCAGUCCUCGCCAACCUCGACUCCCACAUCCGCACCGAAACGGCCCUUGCCAGCCCCGCGGAACAACCGCAUCCCGAACCUCUACCUCCACACAAUCUACACCCCGGACCCCACGAUCCUCUUCGUCGGCGCCGUCAACGCGGGCCUGACCUUCAAAAUCUUCGAAUACCAAGCCGUCCUCGCCGCCCGCCUCCUCGCAGGCCGCAUCCCGCCCGGCCGGCUCCCCUCGGCGGAAGCCCAGCUCGCCUGGGAAGCCGACCGCGUCGCGAAGCGCGGCGACGGCGCAAAGUUCGCGCUCGUGUUCCCCGAUUUCGAAGACUACUUUGAGACGUUGCGGGACUUGGCUGGCCCGCCGACCGAGGACGGGAAGGGCAGGGAUCUGCCGCCGUUCAACGCGUUCUGGUUCGAGAGGUUCAUGAAGGGCCACGAGAGACGCAAGGCGAUGUGGAGGCGGCUGAACGCUGAGGCCAGGGAGGCUUUGGGGGCGCAAAAGGAGGACGGCGUGAGGGGUCGUGUGCGUGCCAAGCUAUAG